GGGGGGGGGGGGGGGAGUGUAGGGAGACUGGAAUACUUCACAAGUAAGGGUAGAGGUGCAUCAAGUGAAAGAUCCGAUGUAAUAGGGGACAACAAAUUGAGGAAAAUGGGUGACUUGGAGAAAUUCAUAGUUCUGUAUAAAAUUGAAGGUCUGAAGGAAGGGGAAGGAGGAUUUAGAGCCCUUAAUCCUUCAAAAGCCGUAGCAGCAUUAGAGAACCAAAUGGGUAGAGUACUCUAGGCCAAGAUUUUGUAUAAUGGAUUGCUGAAGAUUUGUUGCAAAGAUGUUGACCAAUAUAGCGAUGCUAAAACAGUGGGAAAAAUUGGUUGUGACAGUGAAGUGUAUUACUCUGAAAGAUAGGAAGGGAGUUGGGGGGUAGUGUAUGGUAUUUGGUCUGGCAUGACUGAAAAGGAAAUUUUGGACAAUGUUAAAAGCGGUUGAGUGAUUGAAGCUAAGCGAUUAAGAUCGAGAGAAGGAGGGUGAUUGGUGAUCCCAACCAGGGGUCACUGGUUGGCUUUGCGCAGCCGGCGGGAAGUACCGGCCUGGAGCUCAGAUAGAUGGGCACCGCCUCCAAACCUGUUUAGCACACCGAAUAUUCUUGGGGAACCCGGUGCUAAAAUAUUUGCAGACGACCUCAUUCGGGCUCAGGGUUUCGUAAGUAGCAGAGCAGCUACCUUGCUGCGAUCUACUGAAAGUCAUCCCUAGAGACAAACUUUUGUUGGCCGAUAGAUCCUACCUACCUACACGCCUCACUCCUCACUCGAUCGGUUGCUUUCUCCGGACUGCGACCGCCGUGACCCCGGCACAGGGACCUUCAGCCCUUACCUUGUCCUCUCCACCCACCCAUGAUCAGCCGUGACUGGCCAAGGCAUCUGGCAGGCAGGAAGCUGGAGUUUGGGCCUGGAGGCUGGCUAAUGAGUGGGUACCAGUAACAACUUGGACGCUUGGUAAAAGAUAUGAAUAUCAAGACUCUGGAAGAAAUUUACCUUUGCUCCCUUCCUAUUAAAGAGUCUGAAAUCAUUGACUUCUUCCUGGGUUCAGCCUUGAAGGAUGAAGUUCUCAAGAUCAUGCCUGUGCAGAAGCAAACCUGUGCUGGCCAGCACACCAGGUUCAUGGUUUUUGUUGCUAUUGGAGACUAUAAUGGCCAUAUUGGAUUGGAUGUGAAAUGUUCAAAAGAAGUAGCCACUGCCAUUCGAGGGGCUAUCAUUCUGGCAAAACUGUCAAUCAUUCCUGUACAAUAUGGUUAUUGGGGUAACAAAAUUGGAAAACUACAUACUGUACAUUGCAAGAGACAUGGCUCACUGAUGGAAUCUUGGACGCCGCUGUUCAGCUGGAUGGGCUCGCCUUGUUUCAAGCGGACAGGGGUGCAGCUCUUUCCGGUUCGCCUGAUCCCUGCCCCAUGUGGUGCUGGUUUACAGACAGACCCCGGGUUAUGAACAAGAUCGUUCCUAAGUCUGUCUUUAAGUUGAAUUUGUAGGGAAGUCGGAACAGUAUUGUGUGGAACCAGCAGUAAUGGAUGUGGAACGGAGUCAAGGAAUUAUUGCAAAUCAACGAAGUUUAUUGACACUCAAGCAGAAACAUGGAAAAUUAAACAAGCGACUAACUUAAUAUGAUGUUAACAGCACUAC